AUGCUUAGGAUACCAGUUCACGGUGAUAAGAAUGUGUUAAUAACAUCUGCUUUGCCCUACGUCAAUAACGUCCCUCAUCUUGGUAACAUUAUCGGCUGCGUCUUGAGCGCUGAUGUCUUUGCCAGGUACUGUCGUUUAAAGGGUUGGAGAUAUUUGUAUAUUUGUGGGACAGAUGAGUACGGUACUGCAACAGAGACAAAAGCUCUGAAAGAAGGUGUAACUCCUCGAGAAAUUUGUGAUAAAUAUAAUGCUCUUCACCGAGAAAUUUAUGAUUGGUUCAAUAUUGAGUUUGAUCAUUUUGGCCGAACUAGCACUGAACAUCAAAAAGAGCAAGUUUUUGUUUCUUUGUUAAAAAAUCUAACGUUGGUACAAGACUUAUUUUUAAAGCUACAUGAGAAUGGAUACACGGCAAAUGACACCAUCGAUCAACUACAUUGUGGGAACUGCAACCGGUUUUUGGCAGACCGAUUCGUUCAUGGUGAAUGCCCUUAUUGUCAUUAUGAAGAUGCGCGUGGAGAUCAGUGUGAUGGAUGCACGAAGCUUAUUAAUGCUCCGGAGCUUAUUAACCCUAAAUGUGAAGUUUGUGGAGAAGUUCCUGUUGUUAAAAAAUCAAACCACAUUUUCCUCCUUUUGGACAAAUUAUCGGUAGUUUUCAGUUUUCAUACUUUGACUUAUGUGUACUAUUAUUACAACAAUUUCUUACUUUCUUUGAAUUUGUUUUUCAAGGGUGAAGUAGAAAAGUUUCUGGAAAGCAGAUUAAGUACUUCGAAUAAUCAUUGGUCGCCAAAUGCAGUUUCAAUUGCAAAAAGUUGGAUGAAGACUGGAUUAGAAAGAAGAUGUAUCACUCGGGAUUUGCGGUGGGGAGUCCCUGUUCCGUUAGCUGGGUUUUCAGAUAAGGUUUUUUAUGUUUGGUUUGACGCUCCAGUCGGUUAUCUCUCAAUAACAAAGGAACUUCUUGGCGAUCACUGGAAGCUUUGGUGGAAAAAUCCAGAGGAUGUUGAGCUGUACAAUUUUGUCGGUAAAGAUAACGUCGCUUUUCAUUCGGUUAUGUUUCCUGCUUCACAACUUGGUGCCCGUGACAACUACACGCUUGUUAGCCAUCUGUGCGCCACCGAGUAUCUUAAUUAUGAAGACACGAAAUUUAGCAAGUCAAGAGGUACUGGUGUUUUUGGUGAUAUGGCAUGUAAAACAGGUAUUGAAGCAGAUCUUUGGCGUUUUUAUUUAUUGUAUAUGCGACCAGAAAGUCAGGAUACGUCUUUUUCUUGGGACGAUUUUUCUUUGAAGAUAAAUGCUGAACUUUUAAAUAACAUGGGGAACUUUGUCAACAGAGCUUUGUCUUUUGUGGCUUCAUCAUUCAGUGGCAUUGUGCAAGAAAUGGAAUUAUCUGCUGCAGAUAUUGAUUUUUUGGAUACCGUAACGAAAGAAAUAAAGGAAUAUGAUAGGCUUUUAGAAGCAGUUAAGCUGAGGGAUGGAUUGACAAGAAUAUUGGCAGUGUCUCGAUUAGGGAAUCAGUAUAUGCAGACGAUGAAACCGUGGGUUCUUGUAAAGGGUGAUGAAGCUGAAAGGAAACGUGCAGGAACAGUAGUAUCUGUCGCUACAAAUAUCGCGUGCUUGCUCGCAGUAAUGCUUUACCCUUACAUGCCAGAAGUUAGUGCAAAAAUUUUUCGACAAUGCAAUUUAAGCUGUCUACCAUUACUCCCCGAAAAUGCAGUAGCAUUUCUUAAAAAAGGACACGAAAUUGGGAAGCCGCAGCCGCUUUUCGUGAAAAUUGACAAAGCUUCUGUCGAGGAAUUUAAGAAGGAGUUUGCGGGCACUGCUGCUGAUGCUGAAACUCAAGCGAACGUUAAGAAUUUACAGUCCUCAGAAGCAGCUAAGAAUAAAAAGAAGAAGCAGGGGCCGAAAGUUGUUACAAAAGAAAAAUAUGAAGCUGUUGCUAAAGGGUCUCCGUCCUUGAUGAACUACCCAAAUCUCCUCGAACAUCAAAAGAACAUUGAAAAAUUAUUGGCCACAGCAACCGCAAAGUUCAAUCAGAGAAGUCAUAUUUAUAGUUUGAAAGUUUUCAGAUAUUUUUUGGCACGCUUAGCUGAAUUGCGAAAGAGGAAGGAAGAACUUGGAGCAACGAUUGAAAGUUUAAUGCAGGAGCUAGUGAGGGUAGAAACAGAAGGCGGAGUUAGACAAAUUUGUCCACUUUUACCAAAACGAGAAACACUAUCCUUGUUUGAAAAAUCGGACGAAGUUGGUCACAGUUUAAACAAGAAGAACAUAUCUAGGCCAUCUGGGGAUGCAGAGGUUCAAAAGAAUUCUCAUAAGGCUGCAGUAAAAAGCAAAAAGGUUAAGCAAGAGUCACAUGCAGAAGGAGAAGCAGUCAAAGGUAAUGCUGGUAAAGACGAAGUUGAUGUAGGAAGGCUAGAUAUGAGAGUUGGUCGGAUUUUAAGGGCUGAAAAGCAUCCUAAUGCUGAUACUUUGUAUGUGGAGCAGAUAGACCUUGGCGAAGACAAGCCGAGAACUGUUGUUUCAGGCCUUGUCCGUCAUGUUCCUCUAGAACAGAUGCAAAACCGAUUGGUAAUAUGCCUUUGCAACUUGAAACCGGUCAAAAUGCGUGGUAUUGAAUCUCAAGCAAUGGUUAUGUGCGCCUCUUGUCCAGAAAAAGUCGAAAUCUUGGAAAUUCCCAAGGAGUGCGUGCCAGGUCAAAAAGUCACUUGUUCUAAAUAUGUUUCACGGCCUGAUCCCGUACUGAAUCCAAAGAAAAAAAUUUGGGAGUCUGUUGCCCCUGAUCUGUCUGUUGACAGUGAGGGGAAGGCAAACUAUAAAGGUGCUAUUUUAAAGGUGGAAAAUGAGUUUUCUAUUAGUGCACCUACCUUGAGGGAUGUACCUGUUAAGUAA